CUGACAUCGACGUCUUAUCAUCUUUUGUGCUUUCCAAGAAGUGAGGUACUUUCUAGUGCUGAGCCCAUGGAUGCAGUCCAGUGACAUAUUUGACACUACAGUCAUUUGUCGUUGGGUGCUGUUUGUUUGACUUAUUACUAGUAUGCGAGCAGCCGAACAGAGCAUACGGAAAUAAUACUUCGCAUUUGAAAAGGGAAACGGAAACAGAAUUUACCGUUGGAAUCGCUUCCAUUAACUUCUUCAUUCACCAGCAGAAGAAGGGACUUGGUUCCUCCGCUUUGAAUCCAGACUACUCCUGCACCCUGUACCACGGCACUGCUUCUGUACUACGCUGUCAGCGCCAAGCGCGUUACAUAUCCUUGAACUCGUGGGUUGGCUGUUAUUUUGUGGGACAGUGAACACCAUUCCAAGGCUCUCGCUCUUUUCUCCUAAAUUGUAGUAUAGACACUCAGGUUAGUUCCCAUCUGGGGUCGCAUCGAUGACUGUGACAGAAACAGCUCGCCAUGCACUGAAUGAGACAUCGCCCCUCGUGACGGAAAAUCAGAUGGAUGAUAGUCACGAAGCUGGGGUGUUGGAUCUGCAAGAUGGAUUGGAUGAAACCCAUGAUACUAGGCAUAUGGAGGAUCGUUCGGAGAACAAUUGGUAUCUGUUCCUAUUGACGCUUAGUAUUGGCGGGUAAGUAUUGUUAUGAUUGUUGCCCCUCGUCACAUAAUAAAAAUCAUUUCCUUGGUCAUGUUUUAUUGAUAAUUAAAUGUCGAUCAAUGGUCUUUUCUUCACUGACAAGCGAUGCCCUUUAGGCUUCAGGUUGUGUGGUCUGUCGAGUUAUCAAAUGGAUCCCCGUACCUUCUGUCCCUUGGAAUGAGCAAGGCCUUGCUUGCCAUGGUCUGGAUAGCGGGUCCCCUCACAGGUGCCCUCGUACAGCCUUACAUAGGCAUCCUCAGCGACAAUUGUCGUUUGCCAUGGGGCAAGAGGAAGCCGUUUAUGGUAAUCGGCGGUGCUGCAACGGUUGUGUCCCUUCUCGGUCUUGCCUGGGUGCGGGAGAUAGUAGGCGGUUUUCUUGGUCUAUUUGGCGUGGAUUCGAGCUCCACCGGAACGCGAACAGUCGUGAUAGUUGCGGCGACGCUAUUGAUGUAUUGUCUGGACUUCUCCAUCAAUACAGUGCAAGCAGGAAUUCGAGCAUUCAUAGUCGACAAUGCCCCUGCCCAUCAGCAAGAAUCGGCAAACGCCUGGGCGAGCGGGUUGACCGGUGCCGGAAAUAUUCUGGGGUAUAUAUCUGGUUAUCUCGAUCUGCCCAAGAUCCUCCCCUUCUUUGGGAACGGCCAGUUCAAGGUACUCUGUGCCAUAGCGUCUAUAUCUUUGAGCACUACCUUGUUGAUAAGCUGCUCCUAUAUAAAGGAGCGAGACCCGCGUCUUGAAGGCCCCCCUGUCUCGCGUGGUUUCGGUGUCUUUUCCUUCUUCAAACAUGUUUUUGAGUCGGUCCGAAAUUUACCGCCUCAGAUAGCCAAAGUCUGCGAAGUCCAGGUUGCUGCCUGGAUCGGUUGGUUUCCUUUCUUAUACUAUUCUACGACUUACAUCGGACAACUUUACGCCAACCCAAUUUUCGAGGAGCAUCCAAACCUGCCCGAUGAUAAGAUCGAUGACGUGUGGGAAGAAGCUACGAGAAAGGGGACAUUUGCGCUUCUUAUCAACGCGGUCGUUUGCUUCUCUGCAAAUAUAAUACUACCUUUCUUGAUUGUUCCGACAUACCGGUCAACCAUUUCUCCAACGCGCGAUGAUCCGGGAAGCCCAACGGAAGAUCUUGUCCAGCCAAGAAGAACGUCAUUUUCUAGCGCACAGUUUGGACCCUCCUCAGAGCCACUCUUGAGUACUGAGGAAAGCAGGGAAUUCGUGCCUCGUUCGAAAGAAUCGUGGUUGUCAAAGAUCCAGAUCCCCGGUUUCACGCUUCGCCGAGCCUGGUUGUUGUCGCAUUUGCUAUUUGCUGCUUGCAUGUUCAGUACUUUCUUAAUAUAUAGUCCUCAAGCAGCGACGGUAGAAAUUGGAGUCCUCGGCAUUUCAUGGGCUCUGACUCUCUGGGCCCCCUUUGCGUUCAUAUCUGCUGAGGUGGCGAAAGUCAAUGCCAAAGCCCGAAUUCGACAAACCCGGUUAGAAACGACACAAUCAGGAUCCGGUGGGUCAAACUUGGUCCCCAACAUGGAUCAAUCGAACGAUGCAUCGGUAGAUGACUUGGAGAUCGGGCGGGGUGCUCGAACGAAAGCCCUUGGUAAUGAAGACGGCGAUGGGAAACUAGCUCAGGCAGGUAUCAUCCUUGGUCUCCACAACGUGGCGAUAUCUGUCCCACAGAUUUUGUCGAGCUUGAUCAGCAGUGCCAUUUUCAAGGCCCUGCAGAAGCCCAGGGGAGUGCCAUGGGAUGAUAGUGUUGGUUGGGUGCUACGAUUCGCCGGAUGUGCAGGGUUGCUGGCUGCGUGGCUAGCAAAGAGGCUUUCUGAAGGCGCUUAAGUAAAUGGCGAGUUUCAGUUUACUUCCGUGCUGGGCGGCAACAUGAAUAGACUGUAGGAGCAUAGACGAUAGGCUGGGGCGUUUCAUGUAAUGCAGUGUCCCUGCAGUUUGAUAUCACGUGAUUUAUAUUACCGUCCGGAGUCCGUCAGCACAGACAGGAGGAGAGAAUACUCUGUAAUAGUAAUUAACAGGGGAGCCUGCAAAUUUGCGAAUAUUGAUUUGCAUGUAACCUUCCAUGCCACUCUGUACACUAGCCCUGCGCCAAUAAUAGCUGUUAAUAAUAAUCCGUGCAGGCUCCAGAUAAACCACAGUAGGGUUUCUUGGCAAGGCUAGCGGGGACUCAACACUCGCGUUU